AUGACUUAUUUGUGUUGGGUUUUGAUUGGCUUUGCAUUGAUCUGCUUAAUCACCAACGUUUCCUCACAAGAGUGCAGCGACGAUUUUCAGUGUGAAAAUGGAGAAGUAUGCUGUAAAGUCCAGUUUGACAAGAGAGUCUGUUUAGCAUCUACACUUUGUCCUCAGAGGUGCAAAGAUGACUCCGAUUGUCCCUAUGGGAAGACAUGCUCCACUCACCUGAGUGACGGCGAGAGUUUAUGCUGGGAAACCACAGACGCCACGGACGCCUAUCAACCUGAGCCGUUUACCUCACCAGAGGUUGAUUUUCCAACCGAUAUUGAGCCCGUAACUUAUGAAUGGGAUGGUCCUUACGAUGAUACAGAUGAUACAGACACAGAGUCUUCGGGCAGUGGAGCAUUCUAUGUGAUCAUAGUCUUCGCCGUUAUAGCGAAAUGUCUUUUUUGGUGUGGGUGCUGGAGGUUGAGAUACCAAAGAUCCUUUCAACAACGGAGGAUGGUGACGCUCAUUGUGGCUCAAACGGAACAGACUGAAGCGCGUCCAAAUACAGCUUCACCAGGUGCUACUUCCGAAAACGAAAUGCAACCAGGGAAUGCUUAUUCUAAUGCUGCGGUAGUCGAUGUGAGUGAUGUUGCUCCUCUUUUGCCAUUCGAUGCUCCGCCACCUUACAGCCCACCGACAUUUGAGAAAAGCAAAAAUGUCAAUGAAGAACCAGCCAACGUGGUCGAAAUGCAAACAAGAAGUUCCACUCCAAAUCCGCGCCGCUGGGCUCCCUUCAAAGAGGAAGAAGUGUCUCUUCUCCCAACUAUUGUUAGUACACAACCCGAAGGUGCAGAGGAGUUUAAGCAACACUGA